AUGCCUGUGGCGCUCAAGGCCUUUGUGCCCGCAGCGCGCGCCGCGCCGUCGUACGCGCUGCGCAUCGAGGGCAGCGACUACCUGGCCGUCUUGGACGCGGAAGGCGGCUGCGCGACGCCGGCGGACCCGCUGAGCCCAGGGCGGCUGCCGGCCACCAGCUGGGUGCUGCUGUCCGUCCCGCCGCCGUGGAACGAUGACCUCACCACCCACGUCCUGAGACUGCGUGAGCACCUGGAGUGGCACCGCCGCGUCGGCUUCACCGGCCACAUCCUGUACUACGACCCCGCCCAGGCCACCCGCCUGGCGCGCGACCCCGCGUUCAUGCAGCUUCUCGGCAGCUACCGCGUCGCCGUCGUGCGGUGGGCGCAGUUCCCAAAGGUGGCCUGGCUGCCCUGGGACGCGCAGGGGCUGCGGCUUAGCCACGCGUACCUGGCGCUGUGGGGCUGGGACGCAGGGCUGCUCCCGAUUGACGUGGACGAGUUUUUGCUGCUUGAGGACUCAACCCAGCACCCGGCGGCCGCCAUGCCGCCGGGCUCAGCGCUGCGCGCGCUGGUCCGGCACUGCGGCGGCGGCGCGGACGGCGUCACGUUCGAGCGGUUUGCCGUGUACUGCUCCUCGGGCAGCGCCUGCCCAGGCGGGGACGAGGCGAGCGUGUGGCGCGCCCGCGAGCCGCCGGCAGCGCUGGCCGGCGCGAAUGCAUCGGACGGCGGGUGGUCGUGGGCGGACGGCGACCGUUCCGGCUUGGGGCCCAGCCGUUUGGCUGCAUAUAGGGCCGUUGAGGCGGUACCCCACGUUGGGUCUAAGGCAUGGAGCACCUCUGCCUGCACGUUCCCUGCAAGCGUGCACGAGCACCGCCUGUCCGGCCUGCGGGGCUGCGCGCACGUCCAGGCGCGCCCGAGCUGCGGGCGGCUGCUGCACGCGAUCAACUCUUUUCACUUUCGCGACAACUGGCUGGCGCCGGGCAGGGCGGUGGCGCCGUUCCGCCACCCUUGGUGGCCGGCGGUGCUGGUUGCGAGGCCGGAGGCUGCAGUGGGGGUUGCCACGGGCGAGCCCGAGGGUGUGGCGGGGCCAGCCGGGGUGGGGCUGGACGCGUUGGGGGCCGCGGCCCAGGUAGGGGCUGGUGGGGCGGCGGGUGCUGCGGUUGCUCAACAAUGA